GGGCUCAGCUGGCAAGUUUCACUCAUGGCGGUCACCAGGCAGCUUUGGAUCCGUAUCAUUUACGCGGCGGUGGGCACCUUGUUUGGCCUAUCAGCCUUCCUGGUAUGGAACGUGGCCUUCGUGCAGCCUUGGACCGCGGCCAUGGGAGGGCUAUCAGGGGUUCUGGCACUUUGGGCGCUCAUCACACACAUCAUGUACGUGCAAGACUUCUGGAGGACAUGGCUGAAAGGACUGCGCUUCUUCCUUUGUAUAGGCGUGCUUUUCUUGGUACUGGCGCUGGUAGCCUUCAUCACAUUCCUUGCAGUAGCCAUAUCAGAGAAGCAAUCCAUAUCCGACCCAAAGAGCUUAUACUUGUCCUGUGUAUGGAGCUUCAUGUCCAUGAAGUGGGCCUUCCUGCUCAGCCUGUACUCCCACCGCUACAGGAAAGAGUUUGCUGACAUCAGCAUCCUCAGUGACUUCUGACACAGACAAUUCCUGACAGGGGACUUAAAUCCUGGAGUUUUAUAUGUGUGACGGAGCACUCCAGCUCUCUCUUCUCUGUACUGAUUAUUUUGGUUGAUAUCUGCAGAAGGAAGGAUGGAAGACCAUGAACAUUGCUUUCAUAUUCCUAAUUCUUACUGCCACACAUCUGCAUAUCCCAUUGCUAUUUUGUAAUUCAUUUGAAUCCUUUUUUGGGGUUGAGAUCUGCAAUCUUGACAGCCUGAGAGCACUGAUUGGGUGCUGCUGGGCCCCACACAAACACAGUUGGCUCUGGUCUAAAAAAGAGAAUGGGGGGGGGGGAUAAAUUAUUUUUAACUUCCAUAAAAAGAGGGCAUUUCAUUUCACAGCUUCCCUCCUCUUAUCCACAAAAUGAUAAUUUUCCCCGUUUUCAAUCAUAUAUUCAUUUUUUUUUUUUUAACUUUAAAACCUGUUUGUAUCUGUAUAUGUGUGUGUGUGUGUGUUCAUGUCUAUACCUGUGUGUGCGUGUGCUUGUUUUUGUGAAUAUACAUUAUUAAUAUUCCGAUUUAAAUUUAAUUUACAUUAUCAAACUGUAAGCUCAAAGGUAGCAGAACAAUUGCCUCUGUGCUGCAUCUGGGAGAAUUUUAUUGGUCUACUGUGUAGCCCUUUGGGUGGCAGAAAGCCUAGAGAUAUGAUUAAGGCUCAUUAGGAAGUGCAGCACUUAAAGGAAGGAAACACCCUGGGACCCUGCCUGUAUCAUGUAUAUUCACAUUAUUAUUUGUCAUGUUUUUUCAAAGUAAAUCAUUAUGACAUAUUAUUAUUAUUAUUAUUUUUUUUUUUUUUUAAAAAUCUAUGUACAACAAUAAAAAAGAAUACACUCUGUAAUGGAAAA